AUGUCAAAAUUGACCCAACAUACAGAUUUCUUUCAGGCUCAACAGAAUCAUACACAAAAAAUUUCAUUCACGACUGUUAUUUUUGUGUGGAUAUUCUUAAUGGAACUUUUAGAAGAAUAUCAGGAACUUAUCGAGCGUGAUGCAACCGAAAUUUCUUGGUUAUGGAAACUAGUGCCAGCAUUCUUUUACAUUUUGAGCGCGAUUACCGGAUACAUUUGCAGUAUUUUAUUUUACAUAAUAUGGCAUCAAAUCUUUCAUGAUAACUGUCCACUUUGGGCAAAUUCUGUUUCAACCUUAACUGGGAAAUCAGAAGUAGAUAACACAAUUGAUGAGUUUGAUUUGAAUUUAAGUAAUGCAGAUUGGUGGAAUCAUAUUAUCACCAAUUAUGAAUACAAAAAUAGAUGUAAAAUAUAUUUCAUAACAUGUUUCCUAUCCUGCAUAUUUGGAACUAUAUGGUCUACUUUGUUUUUUAUGUGUGGAAAAGGUGGACAUGAUGUAGGAUUAUUUGAGGCUCCAUGGAGAAUUGUAUUUCCUGCAACAAUUUUUAAUUUAAUAUUUGCAAUAAUAGCAACAUAUGCUAGCGUUAAUCUAAUAAAAGGAUAUGAUGGAUUUAUGCAAAACUUAAACACCAUUUACCUUGAAAUAAGCAAUAAUACUCAUGAAAUACCGAAGCUUAUGAGAAUUUUAAAGAUUAAGAUUUAUCAAGUUGAAAAUAAUGUUUUGUUAAAUAAAACUGACAGAGACAAAGAAGAAGAGAAAAAGAAUACAGACAAAGUGAAGGCACAAUAA